GUCCGACUUUCCUUCAUCAUUUUCCGGCUCGCUGCCUUACCUCUUCUUUCAUCCAUUUUCCUUCUUUUUCUCAUCUUGUUUCGCCACAACCCAGGCUGCCUUGCGACGACGUCUGCUUCGACCCCGGCUCGCGAUUCCGACGCGAAGAACUGCAUAUCUUAUUGCGAUACUCACGUCUCCUUUUCCGCCCGCGCAUUCCGCCCACGCAUCCCGCCCACGCAUUCUCUCCACGCAUUUCCGAGCCGGACCUGGUCGCGACCAUUGAUACAAUACCUACGCUGGCCACGCCCUCGCGUCACAGUCAGCUUUCCAUCGUUGACCGCCCGACACCAUCCAGCAUCCGCCGAUGCGCAUUCACGAACCAUAACCCCAUAAGCCGGUGGGCUUGGUUAGAUCCGUCAACAGUCUCGCGGUUCCUGGACAGCUAGUGACCGACCGCCAACCCCAGCUUCUCUAUACGUUGGCGCCAUGAGCGAAAGCGCGUCGCCCUCCGGCGACCCUAACGGCCAGCGACCAACUCCUCCGGGUCUUCCGGGUGCCCCAUUGCGGCGUAGACCACGUCCUACCGGAAAUCCCCUCGUUCCCAGAAAGAGACCUGUACACCGGCCGCCGCCUUCCGCCGCCCCUCCGUCCUUUCUUAGUACUAGACCUAACCUCGCGUCCCGACCAAGUACCAAGCCACAAGCAAAGCAAGGCCCGCCGGACAUCGAAGCGUUGCGUAAACAGAAUGAUGGGUGGUCCACCCCAAAACCGCCUGAUGCUCAGGAGUAUCCUUUAUUUAUCACCAAGAAGUCUUUGAAGGAAGGUCUGCGCUUCCACGUGAUGAGACUAGCUCCGCCGGGGGCCAGAGCACCGAAACCUGGCGACCCGGGAGUUGACCCUACUAGUCAGAACGAAUUCACACGUCCCGUAACAUUGCAUCGGCGCGAUCCUAGACAGCCGCCGCCCGGUCGUGUCGUGAAGGAGGAGCCGCCUCCAGUCGAGGAGGCGCCUGUCGAUACUGCAGAGAUUCAAAAGCUCGCCCAGAUAAAAGCCGAGAGAGAAGCACAACGUGCAGCCGACGACGCCUUGAAGGCACCUACCAUUAAGGACCCGAAUCCGAAAGGAAAGCAACAGAAAGACCCCAAAAAGAGGCACGGCAUGCAGAUCUACUAUCAGCCACGCACGGAGAAGCAGAAGAAGGAGUCGGAGAUUCGGUACGAAGAGGCCUUGCCGUGGCACUUGGAGGACGCUGAUGGGAAGAACGUCUGGGUCGGCCAGUACGAAGCGCCUCUGUCCGACUGCAAAGUCGCGCUGAUCAUUCACAAUGGUGGGUUUCGGAUAGUGCCUUUGGAAAAAUGGUACAAGUUUACUUCGAAGCGUGGGGCUUUCCAGGCCUUGUCGAUCGAGGAAGCCGAAAAAGCCAUGAACAGGAAGGUCGCGCUAGGUCGAUGGGCUAUCAGAGACACCCAGCGCGCAGAGGCUGAAAAGGCCAUGGCGGAAUCCCGUGCUAUCGUGAACGGCCGCACGGCCGUCAAGCAGGAGAGCGGUACAUUCAAACAGUCCUCUCGCCAGGAGAAAAUGGAUCAUGACGACAUUGAUAUGUCGGGGGACGAGUUUCAGGAUGACGACGAAACCGCUGGAUACGAGCCCGACAGAGAUGAGGAUACUCGACAGGCUAAUAGUCGCAUCCGCCGAGAUCAGCUUAAUGCUAAUCUUUUCGGCGAAGCUGAUGAGCUCAAGGUCGAGAAGGACGAGGCUGAUGAGCAGAAGGAAGAGCAGGAGAGAAAGCUGCUAGGCAAGGAUCUGAAGAAAGCGCUGAAGAGACGUGACAAGCAGUUCCAGUACGAGAGCGAUUCAUCUCGGGAUAGGGAUCCCUUCGCUUCCUCAGAGGAUGAAUCCGAUUCGGACGACGAUGAGAAGGAAGACGAGGAGAAGAAGGGAGAUAAAGACAAGCCAGCUGCUUCAGGCACUUCCUCUAAGGGAGCGAACACACCUCAAGGAAAGAAGGCGGCUGCCGAGGCGGCAAAGAAGGGCAAAUCUCUGAAAAGGGCUGGAUCUCCCAUGGUUUCAGACUCUAGCGGUACCGAGUCUACCCGAAAGAAGAAGAAGACUACACAUACAACUUCAGGUCCGGGUAGCCGCGGCACCACACCCCUACCCGGCAAUCAACGUGUGAAGCCGGGUGCCGGCUCCACUAGCGACGGUGAAGGCACAGCCGGCGAGAUGUCAGACGGGGCGGGAAGCAAGAAGAAGCGGCUCGGCCCGAUGAGUACGAGUGGAAGAGGCACGCCUGCAGGCUCGCGAGCAGGCAGUCCUGCGCCUCUCCAGGGCGCCAAUCCGCCCACCAAUAGAGGAGCAACCUCCGCUCCCAGAUCUAACUCCCCCGGCGCCGCGGUUCAGAGCCCAACACAGGAGUACACUAAUACUAUUACACCUCAAGAAAUCGUUGACGCGCUGCCACCCCUUCCAGAAGGCAUUACUAUCGGUGCGCUUUUGAAGCGGUUCCAUGACCGCGUCGAGAAACCAGGGUGUAUGUCGCGGAAGGAAUGGCUCAAACUGGUCAAGGAGAAUGCCAACUUCAACACGGUGGAGAAGCUGCUUCGUCGCAAGGCCUAAGUGAUUCUCUCUCAUCUCGAGGGGUUCCGCCCUAUUGGACACUCCAAAUUUCGGAUGCAGGGCCUGCAGUUUCUGAUUUGGGGGUAUCUGCUUUAGUUUUUUCUUUAUUCCCGGGAAAGAGUCCCUUGCACUAUCGUAGUGUCUAGACCGUGGUGGUAUCUAAGAAGAACGGAGAGUGAGAAAGGGUUAGAUUAUAUCUAGUCAGAAUCCAGCGGGAGCCCUCGGACCUGGAGGCGAGAAGGUCCCGAGGAACACGGCGUGGGUGCCUCUUUUUUUUCAAUGCGGUUCGUCAGGGAUAAGAUUGGCCUUGCAGAGAGCCUGCUGCUCGCAAGCACGCUCCCCCAUUUUCCAAUGGUCGUUAUUAUUAAUGAGGCUUUGUUUCCCUGUAGCAACGAGGUGGGCAGCGGAAUCAACGAAGUUCGCGAGAGGGAAGCCCACACUACCGUGGGACAGAGUUACAGGUUAGUAAGGUAGACAGUAAAUACACAAUUUGCAGGGUGGAUAUCCAAGAGGCCAGUAUGCUUUCUUUAAUCAAUUUGUAUUUCCUCCGACAAUAGAGGUCUCCAUUAUCACCAGUGUAUGCAGAGUACACACUAUGUCUAUUACCAUAGACGACUCCCCGUAGCGAUUGCUCUUGUACCUCCCAAC